CUUGUUUCUCGAAAAAAUCAAAAAUAAUAAUUUUUUCCAUUUUAUAUUUUACUAAUAAUUAUUUAUUCUUUUUUGCCUUGAAAUGACUCGUACGUUUGAAUUGUUGGACAGUCUGCCUACGCAAAAGGACAACAAAUUCCUUCCCCCAGUGGCCGACUUUGAAACGGACUUUGUGGCCUGCACCACGAUAGAGUCAAAGCAGCCGUACAGUGAGUUUAUCGGCGAUUUAAACAAGUCAGAGAGCGAUGUGCGCGAGUACCGUCUUAUCAGGCUUCCAAACGGAAUGACCGCUAUGGUGAUUCAUGAUGCGACGGAGAGCAAGGCAUGCGCGGCGAUGGAUGUCAAUGUGGGGAGUCUGGCGGACCCACCUUUGUACCAAGGUUUGGCGCAUUUCUGCGAGCACUUGCUUUUCAUGGGCACCUCAAAGUAUCCCAAGGAAAACGAGUACAGCUCGUACCUCUCGGCUCAUGGCGGUAGCUCCAACGCGUACACGGAUCUCGAGGACACCUGCUACUACUUUGACGUAACCUAUGAUGCACUCGAGGGCGCACUCGAUCGAUUCUCGCAGUUCUUCAUCGACCCUCUUUUCGCACCAGACUGCACUGACCGCGAGGUCAAAGCGGUAGACUCUGAGCACAAGAAGAAUAUCCAGAGCGAUAUGUGGCGACAGUACCAGAUUGAGAAGGAGCUAUCAAGCCCCAACCACCCAUUCAGUCUCUUUGCCACCGGCAACUACGAUACGCUAUCUGGGUCUGCCAAGGAACAAAGCGUGGAUUUGCGCGCGGAAUUGCUCAAGUUUCACGCGAAAUACUACUCGGCGGAUAUAAUGAAGCUGGUUGUGGUGGGUCGGGAUUCGCUGGAUCAACUGACGGAGUGGACGGUUGCCAAGUUCUCGCCGAUCUUGAGCAAGGGCAUGACGAAGCCAAUGUUCAAGGGGCACCCGCUGACGGAGAAGGAGCUCGGCAGGAUUAUUAGGCUGAAGACUGUUCGGCAGCAGCGCACUCUAGAGCUGACAUUUUCGCUGCCGGACAUCAAGCCCUUUUACGUGCUCAAGCCCGGGCGCUACCUCGGGUCGCUUCUCGGCCACGAGGGCAAGGGCUCGGUGCUGUCGUAUUUGAAGAAGCGCGGGUGGGCCACCGGUGUCAUUGCCGGGCGCGCGACGACGUCCGCUGAGGGCUUUGAUAUGUUCAAGAUCACGGUCCAUCUGACGGAGUCCGGCAUGGAGCAUUACGAGGACGCGAUCCGCGCGGUCUUCGCGUACAUUCAGCUGCUUCUGGCUAAGGGCCCGCAGAGAUGGUACCAGGAGGAGCUAUGCCGGGUGAGCGAGAUCGAGUACCGGUUCAUGGAGAAGCUCAACGCGGUCAAUCUGGCGAUGAACCUGGCGAACACCAUGCAGCAGAAGUACUUGCCGCCAGGCAAGAUCCUGCCGGAUUCGCUGCUGGUGGCGGACUUUAACGAGGAGCUGCUCGAGUGGGUUCAGGGGUUCCUCAACCCGCAGAACUUCCGCAUCCUCUUGGCCGCUCACGAGAUGAUCGACGUUGAGUUCGAUAAGGAGGAGAAGUACUACGGGUGCAAGUACCGUGUGGACGCGAUUCCGGCCGAGCUAAUGCGCGAUUUGCGCGCGGAGCUUGUGUUCGAGGAGCUCAACCUGCCGGGGCCGAACCAGUUUAUCCCGGACAACCUUGCGGUGAAGGCCACGGAGAAGGCUGAGGAGCCGGCGAAGGAGCCGGAGCUGCUUCGGAUGACCGAGGGGCUGGAGCUGUGGUUCAAGCAGGACGACCGGUUCCUGCUUCCGCGAGGCAACAUCCAGGUGAAGAUCGAGACGCCGCGCGCAUACGAUUCCCCGCUGAACGCGAUUUUCAACCAGCUUUUCGUUCUGAUCCUCAACGAUAUCCUAGCCGAAGUCACGUAUGAUGCGCAGGUGGCCGGGCUAUGGUUCAACGUCAGCGAGACAAUCUCCGGGCUUUCGCUGCAAAUUGAUGGCUUCAACGACAAGCUACCGCAGCUGCUGCGGAUCCUCCUGGAGACUGUCAAGUCGUUUGCAGUGGACGAUACGCAGUUUGAGACGUACAGCCGUGAGGUGCGCAAGAAGUUGGAGAACGCUAAGCACGCGGAGCCGUACAAUCACGUGCAGACCAACACGCAGUAUUUGAACCAGGGGACGAUGUGGCGGUAUACGGAUAAGCAGGCGGUGUUUGGGUUGGUGACUAAGGAGCGGCUGCAGGUGUUUGUAGAUACACUGUUUGAGCAGGCCAGGGUGCAGAUGCUGGUGCUGGGCAAUUUUUCCGAAGCCGAGGCUCUGGCAGCAGCAGAUAUUGUGAUGACAACGAUGGAUACGCUGCCACUGCCCGAGUACGCAAGGCGGCCGGCGCGCGCCCUGCUGCAUAACUUUGGCAGCUAUGUGCAUCACGAGGCAAUGCCGGACGAGGCCAAUUUGAACAGCAGCGUGGAUGUGUCCGUGUACGUUGGGCAGACGGAGGACCACGAGGAGCGUGUGCUGAUGGAUUUGCUCUUGCUGAUCGUCCAGGAGCCGUUCUUUGACCAGCUGCGCACCAAGGAGCAGCUCGGGUACCUAACAUACUGCACCGGGCGUAAGUACUCCGGCGGGCCCAUGUCCCUCCGCUGCAUCGUCCAGAGCGAAUCCAACCCAGCCUACGUGACUCAGCGAAUCGCGCACUUUAUUCGUGGGUUCCGUCUGCGACUCCUGGAAAUGACCCAAGAACAAUUCGAUAAAUACGCGAAUAGCCUGAAGGUGCGGCUGGAGGAAAAGCUGAAGAACAUUUUUGAGGAGGCGUCGCAGUUCUGGAAGCACAUGGGGUCCGGAUACUAUGAGUUUGACAAGAUUGACUUUGACCUUGCGGUGCUGGCCGGGCUUAGGAAGGAGGAUGUGCUGAGGUUCUGGGAUAUGUAUGUUGAUCCGGAGCGCGCCUGCUCGGUGAAGCUUCUGACCAUGACUAUAUGGUCGGCUAAGAUCUUUAGGCCGUCGGUGGCUGAACUGGCAAUGUACCCGGAGAUUGUCAUUGCACUGCAUGGGUGUUUUUUGCGCGACGGCGCAAAGAGGCUGACGCUGGAGGAUGUGCAGGAAUUUGUGGCUGCGCUUAAGGAUUUCAAGGCUGCUGCUGCUGGGACCGAGGCUGGGACCGCGACUGAGACCACAACUGAGACCGCGACUGAGACCGCAACUGAGACCGCGACUGAGGCCGCGACUGAGGCCGAGGUGCUGCAAAGAGUUGUUGAGCUGUUCAAGAGGACCGCAGAUGAGAGUUUGUCGGAGGAGGAUCUGGUCAAGGCGGUUGCCAAGAUCUCUGAGCCCGCGUCGUAUGUGCGCACGGCACUGGCAAUGGCCCUUGAAUCACCACCUGCUGCGGCUGCUGCUGCUGGUAGCUCUGCUGCUGGUGGUUCGGCCAAGUGCAAUGGCGGUAAUGGUGCGGCAGUGGCGAUUGGCGGCGAUCUGGCGAACCUGGGCGCUGUGAGGACACCUGGCGGCUCGUGGGCGUUUGAGGAGGCGUCAAAAUACAAAUCCACUCUGUGCUUGUCUGGUGCGCCGAUCCCCGUGCGGCCUCUCAAACCAAAGUACGAGUAGAAAAUAAUUGAUUUUUUUGAAUUUAUUCCAGACUGUAUGCUGGACCUUUCACCAGGCCUGAUGGUGGCGACAGAGAAGAGAGGAGAGGAGGCCCAGAGCUGCUUUAUUUUUUGUUCUUAAAAGUCAAGAGAGGGAGAGGGCUUUUAUGCCGCAUGCCAACGCGAGUUGAGCGAUCGUGUGAGAAAUGCUCUCU